AUUUUGUACAUUUCCUACCGUAUAUAUAUAUAUAUAUAUAUAUCAAAACAAUUUUUUAUUAGUACUAUGCAUUGCUAGGAACUUUGUUUGGACAACUUUAAAGGUGAUUUUCUCAAUAUUUUGAUUUUUUGCACCCUCAGAUUCCAGAUUUUCAAGUAGCUGUAUCUCGACCAAAUAUUGUCCUAUGGUAACAAACCAUUCAUCAAUAAAAGGCUUUUUAUUCAGCCUUCAGCCAAUGUAUAAAUCUCAAUUUCAAAAAACUGACUCUUUUGACUGGUUUUGUGGUCCAGGGUCACAAUUGCUUUUUAAAAAAAGCUUUUAAAACUUUCGACUUUAUCAGCAAUAAAAUAAGCAGAUUUUAGGCAGGUAUUAUAGUUGCAUUUAACUGACAAUACUUAGCUCUACAUGAGAAUGGCCCAGAUCCAAGUAACACUGCGGUGGGCACUACCUUAAAUAGGCAGCAGAAUUGUUCAGAUUCAGCAGACGAACCCAAAGCGCUGAAUGACGCACCACACGAGACCACCCAUCCAUCAUCAGCAUAUAAAAAGCACUGCGGGAGCCGCGUACAACUCACUGCACCGAGAGCACGGGGUGCUGCGCGUCCCCUAUACCGCCGUCCUGCCGACUAGAGCACCAAGCCGUUCUGGAUGAUACCAGCAAAGAGCAUGGAGGUGAACACAACUGAGAAAGCUCUUCUUUCAGUUGGUGGCACCGCGACGCUCUCCUGUUGCAGCUAUCAUUCCGAAGGCACCGCAACAGCUGACAUGCAUUUGCAGUGCGCGUCGCACUGGAGACAUCCAGAGCAAAAGGCGCGAGUGGUCCGCUCCUCCAGCACUGGAAAGCGACCCUCGUCGUCUGAACGCAAACCCCGGAGAUCCCUGGACCCGUUCUCCACGCCUCAGCUCCAUAAAACAAAGCAAAUGAGAUAUGACAGUAAGAACGACGAGCUGGUCAGUGUAAAACCCAGUCACUACCGGCGCAUAGUUGUGCUCGGUGCGCCACGAGUGGGUAAAACGGCGAUCAUACGCCGUUUUUUGGGUGAUGGAUUCGAGGAACAGUACGAGCCAACAACCGAAGACUUUCACAGCAAACUCUACCACAUCAGAGGAGAGAGAUACCAGUUAGACAUCCUGGACGCGUCCAAAGAGAGAGACUUUCCGGCCAAGCGAAGACUGUCUAUUUUGACAGGUGAUAUAUUCCUGCUGGUGUUCAGCGUGACUGACCAAGAGUCUUUAACGGAGAUCUGCUCAUUACGCGAGGAGAUUUUCACUGCCAAAUCCAAGCUGACCAAGUCCAAAGAAAACAGACAGCUUCCGAUUAUAAUAUGUGGCAAUAAAACUGACUUAAACUCCUCGAGAGCUGUGCAGCCCUCCGACAUCUGCCAGUCUCUCGGGGAGGACAGUGCCCUCUUUGAGGUGUCUGCCAAAGAAUGCACCAACCUUGAGGAGAUGUUCGAGGCCCUGGCGGUGCUGGGAGGGCUCCCCACAGAAACCAGACCCUCUCUCCAUCGAGACAUCUCCAUCCACACGUAUCAAGCGCUGAGCAGCAGAAAGAGAAACAAAAGAGCCAUAAAUGAGCCGUGUGGCGCCGUGCAGCCGCUGGCUCGCAGACCGAGUUUCAGUAGCGAUCUGCGGCGCGUCAUGGGCCCGAGCACACCUAAACGAAGUACACCUAUUGAGAGGUGCCAAAUACAGUAAAAGAGUAACGCUAGGGACUCUGUUUCAAACCUAUGAAUAAUAAUUAUUCAACGAUGUAAGAAUUAUUAUAUUCUAUAAGUCCCUGGCUGGACCAGAGGACAGAUUCUACACAUUGACAAAGUAUUUGUGAAAUGUAUUUAUUAUAACCCUGUUGGAAAAUCAGACUUAAGAUGGUAUAGCUGGUCAAAACUGGUCAUUAUCUGGUGUAAACCAGCAGACAAACUGGUGGAUCAGCAACCGUCUGGUUAUUGGUGGUCAACCACACUGUUGAAAGUGGUAACCUGGAAUUGCUACCUUAAAAAGACCCAUUUCUACCUGAAUAAACCCAUAAACAUGAGUUUUAUUGGUAUAAAUGAAUGUAUUUAGAUUGAUUCAUUGAUGUUAAUGAAUGUAUUUGACUUUAAAAAAACAGCUAUAGAUGUUACCAUUUUCAGGUUACCAUUUAUUUUCAAUGUAGCUGGUCUAAACUGGUUUGGUUUAGCUAGAAACUGUUCCAAAACAGCUACAGAUCAUUUUCCAACAGGGAAAUGUUGUAAAGCAGACAUGCAUGUUUUCUUUAUAUUGAAUGUAUUACCUCAAAUGUGUUUCCACAUUUCUUAUACUAACUAUAAAAGACGCAGUGACGCGUUUUUUGCUUGAUAAUAGACCUGUUACCUCAAAUUUGUUUUCACUUUGUCUUGUAUUACGGACAACAAUAAAAAUAGUC